GCUAUUCUACUUUUUCCCACUCCCAAGUUUCACCUCUCUGCUUCAUCAUGAGGAUCACAUUACCGUUGCUCGUCUCGCUGUGGUCCGCAGCCACCCAGGUUGCCGCCCACCAAAGGCGUCAGGCCGGCGCAGGCGACCCCGACGCGACGCAAGCCGACCUCAGCGCGCGUCCACCGCCCCGGUUCCCCUACCCGGUCACCAGGUUCCCUGUGGCGAACGAGACUGUCGUGUUGAAGGAGGCCUUGUACAUCCUUCCGGGCCAGGUCUUUGACGGCGGCAUGAAGCGGUACGAGCGCCAGGAGGGGAGUUGCAACGAACAAGCCGAGGGCACCGAUGCUGACGCAGUAUUCAACCUGAUGCCCGGUUCAACAAUCAGGAAUGUGAUCAUCGGAAAACACCAAGCCGAGGGUAUCCAUGCCCUCGGCGACGCCUGGGUCGAGAACGUGUGGUGGGAGGACGUCUGUGAAGACGCCCUCACAUCAAAGGGGCUGAACACCCAGCUGAGGGUCAUCGGUGGAGGAGCUCGAGGUGCUUCAGACAAGAUCUUCCAAGACAACGCCCUGGGCGGCAAGUUCACAAUCACCGGCUUCUACGCCCAAGACUUUGGCAACUUCUACAGGUCAUGCGGCAACUGCGUGCUGCAGACCAAACGGACCGUCAACGUCACAAACGUCGUCGCCGUCAACGGGACCAGGAUGGGAGCUAUCAACGCCAACUACAACGACGAGUACCAUCUCAGCUACGCCCAGCUCGACACGGAGAGGAUCGUCGACAAGGGCAUCGGGAACGACCUGCAGAUCGUGCCUUACAUGGUGGGCACCGGCCCGGACGACAAGUACGCCCUGUUCAACGAGACGAGGGACUUCAUCACCAAGUUCGAGGGGACGGUGGACAACGUCUACGAGCCGGAGGACCCGUACCCUUGGCUGUCGGAGUACUGGCCCGAGGGUUUCCAUUAGUUGCGAGUGCUUGGGGUUAGUUGCUUUGACGCAUUUUGCCGUUCGGAGUUAGACCGCUUCAGAAUCUGCGUGGCUGCUCCACCGCUCGGUUCGUCUCUUAUUUUUUGCGUGACUAAAAAUAAGCGACUGUGAGAUCACAGCCGCCUGUGAGGGACUCGCAUCCUUUUUGGUGACGCAAGAGCAGCUCAGGUCUGUCUAAUGAACGCCUGGCGGUGACGGGGAAGCACCAAGACGACACUGCCCAGACAGAAGCCGUCACCGACAAGUCCCUGAUAUCUCCAACCACGCAGCACUGCUGUCUGUAAUGAUAGUAGUAAUAUUAAUAAUAGAUUACUUGAU